AAUGUCGGGAGUUUUAAAAUCGGAUGGUCUGGAAAUAGCCCAUGUGGAAGACGAUCGAGGAGUUCAGGGAGAAGCGGCAAUUAUCGAUGUCGACGAUCGUGAGGAGUACUUUGUGAAGCCGCUUUACACGUAUUAUUGCACAUGUGGAGAGAUGGCAAUGAUCAGUGACACCCUAAUCAAUCGAAUGCCAAAACGAGAACGUGACGGAGCCCGUGUAAUCACUCCCGACCGUACAACCGCCAAAACUUUUGCAAAACCAGGAGAAACAGUGUACGUCAAGAGAUCUCCAGCCGUCGGCCUUGAGCAACAAUAUCGAAAAAUGUGUAAAAAAUGCUCAAUUCCAUUAUUCUAUCAACAUCCGUCGGCUCUCAAUCGUACUUUUAUUCUGGCUGAUGCGUUGCUUUCGGCUCAAGAAGUUGGCGGUUUUAGUGGAAAUAAUGAGGAACAACGGGCGAAGAAGGUUAUUAUGAAGAGAAAUGUGAAGAAUCAGGGUAAAAUGGGAAGUGUGACAGUUUCGACGAUGGAAGGAGAGGAGGAGGAAGAGAUGGAAGCGAGAGAAACCGCCGAAUCAUACACAAUGAACGCGAGAAUUGUUCACGACGCACUGAAGCGCAAGGGAAUCGGCUCUGGAAAGUUUGCAGUUCCACAGACACCAUCAUCAUCAUCGUCUUCGUCGGCUGCUGCUGCUGGAUCAGAAACUCCGAGUGUGAAGAGGAAGCGUGGAACUCUUUUAUAAUCUUUUAUAAUAUUGUGAUCUCUUUACUGUAUUUCUGUGAAUUCAAGCCAAAGUAAAACUUAAAAUUCA